AUGCAAAGCCUUGUAGCGUACAACGCCAAGGGCAAACCUUUAAGCUCGAUUUAUUUUAUGUACUUAUGUGAGAUAGAUCGGUAUAAAAAAGUCCUUUGGAAGGAAGUGCGUGUCGGUGAUUUGAUCCACCUUUCGAAUAAUGAAGUAGUUCCUGCUGAUAUCCUUCUUUUACGAUCCAGUGAUCCUAACGGUAUAUGUUACAUUGAUACAGGACAUCUGGAUGGAGAAACCAAUCUUAAGCAAAGACAGGUGGCGCCUGGAUUCGUCGAAAAGCAAAGCCUUUUUGAACCCAGUAAGUAUCGGAGUCACAUUGAGGUGGACAAUCCUACGACAAAAAUAUACCAGUUUCAUGGCGUUAUCGUUCACCCUUCUGGCAAAAGAGUCGCUGUUGGCACAGAAAAUUUGCUUUUACGUGAAUGUCUACUUAAAAAUACCGAUUUUAUAGAAGGAAUUGUCGUGUAUGCAGGUCACGAAACAAAGGCAAUGUUAAAUAAUGGCGGUCCAAGAUAUAAAAGAUCGAAUUUAGAAAGAAAAAUGAACGUUGAUGUGAUAUGGUGUGUUUUAAUUUUGGUAAUAAUAUGCGUAAUUGGAGCCGUGGGUUGCAGGAUUUGGCAUUCUACAUUUGAAAACCUUGGCGAACCUUUCAUUUCUAAUAAUUACAGCGUCACCAUGGACGCCGUGUUAACAUUUUGGACGUUCGUUAUUAUUUUCCAAGUCAUGAUACCGCUUUCGCUCUACGUCACCAUAGAAAUGUGCAAGAUACUGCAGGUGUAUCAUAUCCAUAAUAACGUAAAAAUGUACGAUGCCGAAACUGAUAAGCGCGUUGAGUGCAGAGCUUUAAAUAUUACUGAGGAUUUGGGUCAAAUUCAGUACAUAUUCUCGGAUAAAACAGGGACGCUCACUGAAAACCGAAUGAUUUUUCGGCGUUGUACUGUAGCGGGGGUUGAUUAUAAUCAUCCGGAGGUCGAGAGAGGUGGUAAAAAAUACAAACCGGGCACCUCACUUAUCGUCAUAAUAAAUCCAAACCUUCAAAGGGACCUCAACGAAGUUUUCGAGGAUCCCAUUAGACAGUUACAUUCAGAAAGGCUGCAAGAAUUUUUAUUUCAUUUAUCCAUUUGCAACACGGUGGUGUGCUCUAAAUUUCCCCAUUGUGAUCGUAUGGAUGCUAGCGGUUACGUCGAUGGAGGAGUUGAUAAUGUGGACGAUACCGUUAGCGUCGACACAUCAUUGAACGGUCAAACGAUUGCCCCCAUUGAUUACACUCGACUAGACGAAUCGCGAUCGAUAACUCCGUCGCCCCCGUUGAAUUUAUCGAAUAACAACAGGAACAGCGUGUCACCAACAAUUCCGACAUUCCCCGAGACUGAUUCGUUUUUCAAUCAAUCCAAUCCGUCCAAGAGCAAAUCGAAAUUGCUCACAAUUCCUUCCAUUAACUUUCUGGGCAAACGUAGCGAUAGCAAUAGCAACCUCACCGACGAACAGAAGGCGAAAUUGAGUGCUAGCAUUUGCCACGGCGUGCCCAAGAAACCCAUUUACGAGGCCGAAAGCCCAGACGAGCUAGCUCUCGUUGAUGCCGCCUAUUCCUAUAAUUGUCGACUGCUUGAGAGAACUCCACACCUCGCAAAAGUCAGCCUCCCUAGAGAAGGAUCUAUGGAAAUGGAAAUUUUGAACGUCUUGCCCUUUGAUUCCUUUAGGAAAUGCAUGUCAGUAGUUUUUAGGCAUCCAGUUACCAAAGAAAUAGUUUUAUAUAGUAAAGGUGCCGAUAGCACUGUUUUAAGCAAUCUUUCUCCCGUGGAGGACGAUUCGGAAGAGAAACAAAUUAUUAAUCGCACCCAGCAACAAAUAAAUGAAUAUGGUAAGGAAGGUCUCCGAGUUCUGGUCAUGGCCAAAAGGAUAAUUAGUGAGGAGGAGUACAAAAAUUGGACGAAAGUGUUGAAAGAUUGCGAAAUGGCACGCGACGGGAGAGACAGAAAAUUGAGAGACUGUUAUUCCAUGUUGGAGACCAAUCUUACCCUUCUUGGUGCUACUGGUAUCGAAGAUAGAUUGCAAGAAGGAGUGCCAGAAACUCUCAGUUCUCUAAUGGCCGCCGGGAUUGUGAUAUGGGUGCUAACUGGAGAUAAACCGGAAACGGCAAUCAACAUUGCUUAUUCUGCAAAACUAUUCGCUCCGGAGAUGGAACUCUUGAAACUGAUGGUACGAUCCAAAGAUGCUGCUGAAAGAACGAUACUCUUUUAUCUGGCAGAAAUCGAAGGUACAGCGGAUGACAGUGGCAUUUGCGAACCACCACGGUUUAGUGGCAUAUCCGGUGCUUCGGUAGUUCCUAGUUCCGUUUCUGCGAAUCCCAAAGGCCGGGCACUCGUGGUAGAUGGCAAAACGUUGACGUACAUUUUAGAUCGCCGGUCGAAUCUUGCUAAACCGUUCCUAAGACUCACGACUUAUUGCAAUUCGGUUUUAUGUUGUCGUGCGACGCCUCUUCAAAAGGCUUACAUUGUUCGGGUGGUGAAAGAAGAACUGAAAAUGCGUACACUGGCCAUUGGAGAUGGAGCCAACGACGUGUCCAUGAUUCAGACUGCGGAUGUCGGUAUUGGAAUUUGCGGACAGGAAGGAAUGCAGGCUGUAAUGGCAGCGGAUUUUGCCCUUUCUAAAUUCAAGUACUUAAAGAGGUUUCUUCUAGUCCAUGGCCAUUGGAGUUAUGAUAGGUUGGCGAGAAUGGUUUUGUUCUUCUUUUGUAAAAAUGCUACGUGCGUGUUUCUUGUGUUCUGGUACCAAAUAUACUGUGGUUUUUCUGGUCAAGUACAAGUGGAUCAGAUGUUUUUGAUGUUGUACAAUUUAUUUUUCACAUCUCUACCUCCAAUAGCAAUAGGUGUCUACGAUAUAGAUGCCCCUGAGCAACUACUACUACAAAAGCCAUACCUGUACGAACAGGGCCGUACCGGAGAAAGUUAUCAUUCGUAUUCGUUUUGGCUGACUGUGGCAGACAGUUUGUACCAAAGUAUGGCGAUAUUUUUUAUUUGUAUUUUAGCAUAUUAUGAUUCUACUGUGGACAUUUGGGUGUUUGGGACUACGUCAGCUUCGGCCCUUUUGUUCACGAUGCUAUUUUUAGUUAUCAUAGAGACCAAGUCUUGGACGGUAAUACAUGCACUUGCGAUAAUGGCGUCAAUUCUUAUAUUUUAUACUUUUGCGUUUUUGUACAACACAUUUUGCGUCGAUUGCUUUGGACUACCGAGCUCGUACUGGGUAAUACACCAUUCCGUAAAUAGUUCUACGUAUUGGCAUUGCAUCAUUUUAUCGGUGGUUGUUGCUCUCAUCCCAAGAUUAUUUUUGAAAGCAGUGAGAAAUACCCUCUUCCCUGAUGAUGUAACGAGAGAGGUGUUACAGUAUGCACGAGAGCUACGAAGAGGUGAGGAAUUUCUUGUUUCUUGGUCUCGAUCUACAUCGGCCUCUUCGAUACAAAGGUACACUGUCAUAAUAAGAGUAAUUAAAAAAGCCAGGAUCUUGCUUCAGUUUUUUUAAAGGCAGCACGCGCUUCACGAUAGUUUUAUGUCUGUUUUUCAUGCAACCGAGGACUUUCCUUCUUUUUAGCAUGAUACGACCCUGAAGCUUUUCUUCAGCCAUGGUUAUUUCUUACCGUCGAAAAAUUUUAACGUUUCUUUUUA